CCUAAAACCCCAAUCUUGUCGGGUUACGCGCCCUCAUUUCUAUUCCCCUCCCCCUCCUCCGCCGGCGCCUCCUCCUCCGCCUCCCUCCUUCCCAUCCCACGGCGCACAAAACCCUCGACACCCUCAUUUCUCCCGGCCUCCUUCCGUUCCGCCCGCGCCCCCACUUUGUCGCUUCUCUGGGUGGGGUGCGGGCGGUGUGUGCGCCUAGGGCGGUGGUCAUUUUUGCUGUCUGCGAGGAGGAUGCAGGCCACCGGGAGCGUGACCUGGGUCGUCGGCGCCCAGGCGUCCGUCUUGGGGAGAUGCAGCGGCGGGGUGCCCUACCCUUCGUCGUCGUCUUCUGUUUCCUCUGGUAGGUCCCAGGGGCUCGGCACGGUGCGGUGCUGCGUGCAGGCGCAGGAGAAGAAGCCACGGGUGAGGAAGACCAAGGAGGAGCGGAGGGAGAUGGUCGAGUCCUUCGUUGACAUGUAUCGGGUUUCAAACAACGGGAAAUUUCCUUCAGUCAAUCUUACACACAAGGAAGUUGGAGGAUCAUAUUAUAUAGUCCGUGAAAUUAUGAGAGAUAUCAUCCAAGAGAACAGAGUUCUUGGCCCUGGUGACUUGAAUGCUAAGACGUUGAGUUUUCAGGAUUGCCCUGAUUCUUCAGAAUUAUCAAAUAGGCAUGAAUUGGGCCAAGACAACAUAGAGAUAUUAGAUAUGUCUGAUGGGUAUCAUGGCAACAAAGAUUAUGUGCUGGAAAUGUCUGACAAGGAUGAAGCAUUUUCAUUGCAAACGAACUUCAUCAGCACUCAACAGUUACUGACCUCAUCUGAUAUCUUGGAAUCUGGUAUUCUGAACAGUGUACUCCAAAAUGGGAAUGUAGCAGAUGCAACAUGCUUGGAGCCAAACCUUGAGAAACAAGACGAAGCCUUGCGUGGGAAACCAAGGGAGUCUCAGACUAAUAGUUCUGAGAUGCAAGCCCCAUCUCUUGCUCAUGUUUCUGAUUUGCAUAAGGAAAUUGAGGUCACCAAUGCAGGGGAUGAGCAUGAGGAAACAACCAGUAGCAUCACUGAUGAAGUCACUCUUUCCCCAGAACGUAGUGUUGUUUCUCAAACAAAUGGUGCACUUCUACAUGAGCAUGUGACAUCACCUGACGAAUGUGGUGUCACAACUAAUACUGCUGUUGAUGAGGCUAUUGUUUUCUCAGAAAAUAAUGGCGUUCUUCAGACAGAUCAGAUCCUUAUACAGGAGCAUGAGAUAGUACCUGAAACAUCAAGUAUCGAGACAGAAGUUGUUCAGGUUGCAGAUGGCCAAUUUAGAUCUGCAACACCUGCAACUCAAAUGGAUGCUUAUACCUCGAAUACAAGUGCAGCAACAAUAGAAUCAGCUGUGUCCAUUGAUCAUCAUGAUGUGGUUGAGCGACCACUGCUUGGUGCCAGCCCUAACGAACAACGAAAGCCAGAAGAUCUUGCCUCUCGACCAGCAAUGGAUACAAAGGGUUUUCUGCAAAAGGAAUACAACCACAACACGGUAGAGAAAGAUGUAAGUGAAAUCAAGAAAUCGGUAUCUGGCAUCACAGAAGAAGAGCGUGAGGCAAGCAAGGCUAAUCAUGAACAUGGGAUAAGUGCGACAACAACGAUCGGCAGGAGAACUGGGAAGGAACAGCAGAAGAAAGAGGACAACCUAUUUUGGCUUAUCGUAAGGGCAUUUGUUGUUUCUAUGUCCAAGUUGUGGGCAAAAUGAGUGAUGGGCGAAAUGCAUCUUCAUCUGGUACUUCCUGGGAUGUCUUCCUGCCUACUAGGAAACGAGAAGCGCUUUGCGGAGCUCCAAUCUCCCUGAUGCAUAUAGAUGUUCUUCUUGCGCAGCACUUUGGGUGUUUUGUUAUGCUUGGUUUAGUUUAUAGCCUAUUUUUGUAGCUCAGAUGUAUCUUUUGGUCAACUUGCUCUGCUUUGUCAAGUUGACACUGCCAACUCUAGAGAAGUACUCAGGAGUUUCUUAUUUUGUAGGAGUAAGAUCUGUCUUGAGCUCUGAAAGCAACAGUUCGUACAUUCUCUGAUUUAAUCGAGCAUGAAUGAUUUCCUGUUGACUUUUCUGCAA